AGUUAGAUACUCUAUGACAAUAUAACACAUGGAUUCAAAAUUUUGUAUCAACUGUUGAUCUCUGGGACACAACGAAAUAGUGGACCGUAAAAACAGCUUUUAUCACUUGAGCAACAAGCAGUAAACUUCUACAGACACAUCCGUGAAUCUGCAGUUAUCAGAUUAGAAAGGUGGAACUAAAAUCAAAAGAGAAAGAGGGAGUUAUCAACAAGAUUACUAAAAGAUAUCAACAGUAAUGGGGCAGUUUGAGAAAAUCAUUUACGCGCUGUGUCUCCUAAACGUAGUGAUUUGUCUUGUCAUGGCACCGUUCCAGCUGUUCUACAUCACCAUUAUACUUCAGUGGCAGGAGGACUGUUCACUGAUACUGUUGUUGUGCUCGAUCUGGUGUAGUGCCGUGUUUACGUGUAUAGCGGUGCUAAACUUCUACAUAGUUUACAAUAAACACAGAGAGCAUUGGAACGGGCUCAACAAAAACAUGAGGUUUCUGGCUGCAACAUUAUUUGUUAUAUUUGGACAGAUAAUGGGACUGAUGUUUGCUAAAUACAGACUUACAAAACUGAACGAGAACAAGUUCAAGUCAGCUAUGAAGAAUUAUUAUAGUACAGCAGACAGUACAAAAGUCUACAUUGACAACACCCAGACAGGGGGACAGUGUUGUGGUUAUUAUAACAAAUAUGACUGGGAUGUUCGCCAGCACAUUCCACCCUCUUGCUGUCUGGACAGGAAUAUUACCUGUACCGCACAAAACGCCUUUAAAAUAGGCUGCCAGAAGUUCUUCAAUAAUUUGAUACGAGACGCAACGGAUGUACCCUUAAUAACCAGUAUGGUUCUGCUGCUUAGUGCUCUUACUAUUUACAUCUGUAUCAUGACUUAUCUUCAGUUCAGUGGGGUGUAUGAAUACGAGGAGAUCCCGUCUAACACGUUCGAAGAGAGCUUAGUGGAGGGAACUCACCAAUCCUGGAGGUCCUCCCGACACUCCAUUAACGACAGCGAUAUCACGCCAGCAUGCCCCAUAUCACGUGAUACUGGGUACGGGUCACGUGCUGGAUCUGGAUCACGUGCUGGAUCCGCGCGCGCAGGGACGUCACGUGACACCCUUAACGGGGGACCUCAGGUGAUAGUGUCACGUGAUCCUGCCCGACAAACAGUGUGAACGAGGAUAGUUCUGUCAGCAUUAACAAUUGUGUGAUGAAUUUUCUACCUCAAAACUUUUUGCCGGCAGCACUUUGUGUUCUUAAUGCCUCCCGAUUCCAGAUUUCUCGUUAUGGAGUUAUGGUUGGAUGAGUCUAAGUUAAUAAACAUUAAUUAUCGGGGUUAAAGAUAGGGUUAGAUCUCAGAUUGGACACAGAGCUCCGGGGCGACUACACCUGAGUCAGAGAGUGUAUAUUAUAGCAUAUUGCGAUUGUUUGGAUGGUAAGUUUGUGCGAUUUUAAAUAUUAUAUUGGAAAAUGGGCUGAAGAGUGAACUUGCUGUUAAAUUGGGAGGAUUUUGAAGUAAUUUGACUCGGUUAUUUAUAUUAGGCUCUAAUACAAUCAAAUCAGUGGCUGUGAUUACAGCGGGUUUUAGGUGGGUUAAAUGUCCCGAUCCCCUCUGUCUUUUGAAUGCAAAUAACCGUUUUCUCUGUUCUGAAUGUAAUUAAUGUUACAUGACGUGUAUUAAACACAAAAUGGCCUUCAAGUUUUAAUGGGGCACUUGAAUUCGACAUUAUGUGGACAUUUCCAGUUUUUGAUUUGUAUAAUCUCAAUCAGUUUUAAUUUUCGUACACUUUGGGUUGAUUUUUGAUCACUCAAUAUUUGUUUUUAUGUCUUUUUCUAAUCGUUAUGUUUCACAUUGAUUCACAGAAAAUUGUUUGGGGUCUCGUUUAAUUUUGUAGCCUCGUUUUGUAGCUUCACUGUAUAAACUCUUCGAAUAGUUAAUAGUGACGGUUAGAACACGUGACCCAUAUUAAAGACCACUUGAUUAUCCAUUGAUAAUUAGCACACUAUGUUUUACUCCUUAAAUAUACAUGUAUUUUGUAGACUAUGAAUGGAACCAUCAUUAAUUUUGAGGGAAAAGUAUAAAUUUUCAUUCAAUGAUAGUGAGUAUAAAAUUAACCGUAUUUAUGCAAUAUUAACAAUAAUUGUAACUUUUUAUUUGCCAGUUUUUGCUCUCUUAAUUGGUUAAUUGGAUUGAUCAUUAUUUAUAAACUGAAGAGGAAAUGAGAGUCUCCACUCAGUUCAAAAUUAAAACAGAAUACAUCAUAUUGUAUUGUUGACAUUUCGGAUACAUGCCUUUGUUACACUUUACAUAGCUGCAUUCUGCAACACACAAUAGUUAAAAUAAACAUUUAACUAACUAAUUUGUGUUAACAAAUAAUUACUGAUGUGCAAAGCAAGCGUAUUAAAUAGGUUUAAGAAAAUCAUGUGAUUCAACAGAAGGUCUAAACUAAUUCUCAAUCAGACCUACUUCCUUAUCAUAACAAUAGCGUGCAAAUGUCACUAUUACACACAACAACAACACACUACUUGCUAUACACUACUUGCUAUGCACUACUUGUAUAAUAUAUCAACUUCAUAUGAGUUCCUUUACUUUCCAAGUUUAUCUAUCAACUCAAUAUGUAUUUACAUUUUGGUUUCAAAUUUAUAAGGAGACUCUCAUUGCGACUUUCGUGUAUAAAUCAACAAUAAAAAUUUAAAAACUAAGGAAUAAUUAUAAAAUUGUAAAUUAUGUUUGAUUUUUGGGUGUUUAACACUGUUUCCAUAAAAUUAUAUUUUAACCAGUUUUUGUGCGACUCAAAUUUUUUAAUUUGUUUGCUAAAAGGUCGUUCACAUAUUAAGUUAGCCAGAUUUGGACCAUUGUAGCCUCCCCCCAUGGCUACUGUUUAGAAAUUACAUUAGCGUAAGCUUUUCAAACCCCCUCACCCUUGGCUUUCUUAUGUAAUAUGUGACCGAUCCCUAAACUUUCUGCAGUGCGAGAGGACCCCAACAUACUUUUCUACCACUUAGAAUUUAAAUAUAAUAAGGAAUGGGCCUAUUCAACAAAUUCAGCAAUAUUUUAAUUCAAUAUUACGUCAUAAUUUGUGUCCACAUAUUUGAAAAUUUACUAUUUUCUGUACUUUUUGUUUACUAUUGAUUAAUUGGUUACUUCUUGCUAAAAUCUAAGUACGUGUUUUUGAUGUUUUAAGGGACAUUUGAAAUGAAACAUUCUGAUUAUUAUUAAUAUCGACAUCUUGUGUUGGUUUUGGCGCAUAAAAUUUGAAUUUAAAUGUAUUAAUUCUUUCAUCAAUACAACCGUGUUUUUGGAUUUUCAU